GGGCUGUUGUGCCUGAGUCUAUUCAGUGCAUUGGACUACCUCCAACGUUGGCAUAAAACAACCAACGGCAGAGGAGACCACACCGUCCAGUCCAAAGGAUAAUGAUGGGGAACGAUGACUCAAAAGGGCUUCUGAUCAUCGUGAAGGGUCUGUCUAGUAUGUCUGCAGUGAGUGACAUGUUGCGCUCGUCCUAAACGCUCAUGCGUCUGUACUGACUGGCCAAUAUGUUGAGCCGACUGAUGAGUGGCAGCGAGCGGAGUCUUGACAGGGAAUUCAACUGUACGGUGCGACUGCUGGACGACUCGGAAUACACUUGUACGGUUCAGAGGGAUGCAAAAGGGCAAUGGCUGUUUGAGCAGGUCUGUCAGCAUCUAAACCUGCUUGAGAAAGACUACUUUGGCAUCAGAUUUGUGGACCCAGAAAAACAACGGCAUUGGCUGGAGUUCAGCAAGGCAAUUACCAAACAAAUGAGAUCCCAGCCACCCUACACUAUGUGUUUGCGGGUUAAAUUCUAUCCUCCGGACCCUGCAGCUCUUAAAGAAGAGAUCACUAGAUACCUGGUCUUCCUACAGAUUAAAAGAGAUUUGUAUCAUGGCCGACUUCUGUGCAAAAGUUCAGAUGCUGCUAUGUUGGCCGCAUUCAUCCUGCAGGCUGAGAUUGGAGAUUAUGACCCGGGGAAGCAUCCGGAAGGUUACAGCUCUAAGUUUCAGUUUUUUCCCAAGCAUUCCGAGCGCCUGGAGCGCCGCAUUGCUGAGAUCCACAAAUCCGAGCUGACUGGCCAGAGUCCUGAGACAGCGGAGCUGAACUUCUUAAAGAAAGCUCAGACUCUUGAAACAUAUGGAGUAGAUCCACACCCAUGCAAGGAUGUGUCUGGCAAUGCUGCAUUUCUCGCAUUUACCCCAUUUGGCUUUGUGGUACUACAGGGGAACAGGAGGAUUCAUUUCCUCAAAUGGAAUGAAGUGACCAAACUGAAGUUCGAAGGAAAGACAUUUCAUAUAUAUGCAACUCAUCAAGAGGAUCAGAAGAUCAUCUUGACUUACUUUACUCAUACACCUGAGGCCUGCAAGCAUCUAUGGAAGUGUGGGGUUGAAAACCAAGCUUUCUACCAGUUUGAGAAAUCAAGUCAAGUUCGCACUGUAUCCAGUAGUAAUCUUUUCUUCAAAGGGAGCCGCUUUAGAUAUAGUGGUAAAGUGGCCAAGGAAGUGAUGGAACAGAGUGCCAAAAUCAGACGUGAACCUCCAGAGAUCCACAGGGCUGGGAUGGUCCCCAGUAGGAGUUGUCCUUCCAUUACUCAUGGCCCACGACAGAGUAGCGUUCCCCGAACACGAAGAAGAGCAGUCCACAUUUCCAUCAUGGAGGGUCUGGAGUCCUUGCGUGACAGUGGCCAUUCCACGCCAGUCCGAUCGGUCUCCAGUGGGAACUCAUUCCUAUGCUCCCAUGGAAAUGGAGCCGAGGGAGGACAUGGAACAGCUGAAUUUUCCCAGGACUCUUACAGUCCCUCUGACAGUGUUCUUCCCACACCGGUGUCCAAUGAGCCCUCAGACACGGCUCAGGUUCGCCACACAAAUGGCCCCCGCAGCAUUCAAGAGGAAAGAGGAACAGAACUGUGUACUCAAAACCAGGCAAAGCCACAGGGCGUUAAACCCAAAGGAAAACGUUCUCAACUGGAGAAGACUAGGCCAAACCAACAUGGCCCAGAGGAAGGGGUGAAUCAGUUCAUCUGUAGUUUGGCACGUCUUUUCUUAGUGGCCCUGGCUCUUCUCUUUGCCCUCCUUCUACUUCUUAUUGUGUUAACAGAGUCUGAGCUGGACUUGGCCUUUCUUAGGGACAUCCGAAGGACACCCGAAUUCCAGCAGUUCCACUAUGAAUACUUUUGCCCCCUUAGGCGCUGGCUGGCCUGCAAAUUGCGCUGGAUGGGUGGGCAUCUCACUAAUAAAUGAGCGUGUAAUCACCCCUCUCUGUCUCCUCAGAGAGUAGUCUCUAGUCUACGAGCAUUAUUAUCAUAGUACCAUGAAAUCAAAAUGAAAUUACUAUUACAUAGCCAAAGCCUUGGACUUCCUAACACCAUGCCAAGACGAGAAAACUGUGUGUGUUUCAGCUCUAGUUAUUGUGAAAUUGUUCUCUGCAGCACUACUUUAUAACCGGAUAAAAAAAAGAUAUGUAUAGCUAUUUAAAUGCUGCCGUCACCCAAUUGUAAUGUAUCUACCAUUUAAAUAUAAUAUCUACACUCAAAGAAUGUUCACCCAGACUGUGACGAGCAAGAUCUCAAACUGCAAUCAAAGAAAAAAAUGCCUUUAUUGGUCAGACAAUAGACAGGGGCCAAGACAGCUAAUAAAUGGAUAGUUCACCCAAAGAUGACAAUUCUAUCAUCUUUUACACUCCCACAUAAUACUUCAGUUAAUCUGCAACUUGAGAGGUUUCUGUCCCUCCACUGUAUGUCCACAUUACCAAAACGUAAAAGAUCCAAAAAGGUCUUAAAGACAUUAAACAUACCUUCAUUUGUGUUUUGAAGAGUAACCAAAGUCUUAUAGAUUAGAAACAAUAUGAGGUUGAGUAAAUGAUGACAGAAUUUUCAUCAGAAUUGUCUUAAAUUAUCUUUUGGGUGAACUAUCCCUAUAAUGUCGGAUGUAGGCUUGAGCAUGAGUUUUUUUGGAUGAUUUUUGGUAAGUGUAAAAUGUUGUUAUAGGGUGUAAAUUUGAUCCAUACCAUACUAAAACAGGACUGUUUGGAGGACAAAGUCACUGACAGGGUUCUCUCUUUUAAUGGAGCUUCAGUAAUGUUUUAAUGAUAAUUUAUUAACACUUUAUAGUAAGGUUUAAUUUGUUAACAUUAGGUAUGAUAAACUAACAAUGAAUGAUCAUUAAUUAAUCUUGGCUAAUGUUAAUUUAACAUAUCUAACCUUUAAGUAUACAGUAUGGGUAAAUUAAGAUUAAUGAACAAACCUAAAUUAACAAUGAAUAAUAGAUAAGACAUAAGUUAACUUACAUUAGUCAAAGCUGUGAAAAUCGUUGCUCAUUUUUAGUUCAUGAUACCUAAUGGAUUAAUGAGUUCAACCUCAAGGUAAACUAUUACAGAGAAUACAUUUGUAUAAAUGUUAACACUAAGGUAUGCGUCAUUAGAAAUUUCCCACAUAACCUGGAUUAACCCAGAGUGAAAAAAAGAAUAAUAAUUGCUGUCCUGUAGAAAUGAACACUGAUAUUUAGUAAUAGAUGGUGGCCUUGAGAUACAAAUGUUCUGAAGUGGGUAAAGAAAGUGCUCCAGAAAGAUAAAGUAAUGUGAAAUGUUUGAGAGUUUAAACUAUUUCUGAAAGGAAUCUGUAAUUUGUUCAGUUAUUUUUCCAUGCAUCAUUAGGCAUAAUUCAUGCAUAAUUUUAGAGACCUCAUUCGUCCACUUGCACAGCCUUAAUUAUCAAAAUGGAAAUGUGAAUCUUUAAUGAAUAUCUUCUGUAGGUCAUGAUGAAUUUGUUGGUUUACCAGUUGUGUGUUUAUGAAAUUACUGUAUCUCAUCUAAAGGCAUAGACUCAGCUUAAACCAAAAUCUGUUAUAUUUCUAUUACUUUUCUGUUGCCUUAAUGAGACACAUUCAGUAGUAAAAAGUUGUAUUGCAAAGGUUGUAAGACUAGUGACAGAGUAAUUUAAUUUUAGUUACAAACUGAUGGUGAAUACAAGACACAAGGGUCUAUGGACAUAAUCACAGCUAUAUGCUCAUUUAAAUAUUUUUUGGUAAAAACAAACAAAUAAAUAAAUGAAAUAAAAUAAAACAUAACUGGAACUCAUUGGUACUCUCGAAAUGUAAAGCCUGCAGUAAAAGGCAAAUAUCCUAUGAAUCAUAUUUGGGGGUUAAAAAGCAUAGAAAGUAACAUAGUGUUCCUAUGUAAAUCUUUUAUCUACUGUGUGAGUCGCUUGUGUGUAGCUUCAUAGAGUAGCCUAGUAGAACUAGAAAAGAAGUAUGCAACAAUACCAACAAUAGCACAGAUGAAAACACCUACAGAAAGAUUUGUCUCUGUGGUGGUAAUCAUCAUGUGAAAGAUAUGAAGCAAUACAAAUGACACUGAUAAGCCAGCAGAAAAGUUUUUUUUUUUUUACCUAGAGCAACGUGAUGGUUCAGAACUGCAUUACAAAUUCAGUAGCCUCAGAAUUAGCUGAUUGCUUGUCUGGUGCUGCGUUGGUUGCAAGCUGCAGAUUGUGCUGUAAAUCAGCUCCCAUAUACUGUGACUGACUAAUUCUUCAGAUCUGUUACUGAUGGCGAUGGACACUGCUUCAGCCAUUUCAGA